AUGGUUAGAAGAUACCAGGAUGCAGAUCAAGUACUUAGGAAUGCUAAAAAUAUGUUAGGUCGCAAUAACAUAAAGAAUGUAGUUGAAGAAGUUUUAGCUUGUAAUGGGCUUAAUCUUGGCUUACAUAGGCCCAAUUAUUCGUCACCUUUGCCCGAUUAUAUUUGGCAAGCGGAACUUCCUAGGGGGUGUAAAGUGCCUAAGUUUACCAAAUUUGUAGGUCAGAUAAAUGAGUCGUCUGUCGAACAUAUAGCUAGGUACGAGAUAGAAGCUGGCGAUAUAGCCAACGAUGAGGGUCUAAAAAUGAGAUAUUUUCUUAGUUCAUUAACCAAAAAUGCGUUCACCGGGUUCACCACUGUAGCUCCUACGUCUAUAAGGUUUAGGCUGUUGAAGGCUAGAUGCUUCACUAGAGUUCCUGAGCAUGAGUUAGUUGAAAUGGCUGCUGGAGGUUUGGAUUAUUCCAUUAUGAAGAAACUAGACACUCAAUAUCUUAGAGAUAUGGCCCAGGAUUUAGUACAUAAAGCUCUGAAGGAUGAGAGGUUACAAUUCAGUGAGAAACCAAAGAAUUCCAUGAAGAUUGACAUUGAUCCUUUACAUUUUGCUGAUGCUAACAUGGUCGAACGAUUUGAGGUUCUUAUGCUAUAA